GUGGCAAACCCGUGGAAUUGAUUUUAUGGAACGAGAAAUCGGGAGAAAACAUUCAAGCUUACAGUUUUAUCUUAUCCUGCAGUCAACGAUGUUAUGCAUUAUGAAGACCUCUCCUCAAAACACAAUACCAUCUGGCUAGAAAUUGUCUUACUUAUCGUCUGCAUCGAUAAUGCUUUGAGCUCAUGAUUUACCUGUUUAUCUCCCUUUAGUACGUCUGCUAAUAUAAAUGAAUAGGAUUGUGACUAAUGCAGUGGAUUAAUUUGAACGAGGAAGAUGUAAAAGGCAUGGAGAAGAACAAACGAAACAAUAAGUCUAAAAGAUUGUAUCGCGAUCUGCGGUGAAUUCGAUCUUAAGAUUGGUUGAAUUAUUUCACUUUGGAGACGUUAUAUAAUGAAACUGACAUUUCAAGUGCUUCUGCAGUGAGGUUGAGUCAUCAAUCUUGUAUUUGUUGCGAGAAUAAAAAAGGGCCUCUUCUCCGAGGAACUAUAUUUUAUUUGUUUCUGGGAUACUAAAAAUGGCGCUAACAAAGGAGGUUUUGGAAAUGGCUGAUAAAAAGGUCCCGCGACCUAGCCAGACAGAUGAAGUGACUUCUAAUCAGACGCUGUCAUCAUUAAUGACACAGCAGACGCAAGAGACGGAUCUACAAGAUUCGGACCAAGGACUAACCAAAGAUAAUAAAUAUGAUAGUGACUGUAAUCUGGCAGCUGAUCCAGCAGAAGAGAAUCAUUAUGAUCGAUAUGAUCAAACUUUGUGGGACCGACACUUGGAAUAUUUAUUGACGUGCAGUAGUUUUGUGGUAGGAAUAAGAAAUGUUUUACAGUUUCCCGCGAUGGCGACCAAAAAUGGUGGAGGUGCGUUUUAUUUUGUAUAUUUAUUCUUGGUGUGUAUAGUUGGAGUACCUAUAUUAUAUUUAGAGAUGUGCCUUGGUCAAUAUGUACAUGGUGGACCAAUGAAAGCCUGGUCUAUGAUGCCCUUAGCACAAGGUCUAGGCUAUGGAAUGUUGGUUCUAACAAGUCUUAUCAGUAUGUUUUAUAAUACGUACAGCGCCUGGUCUCUUUUUUAUUUCUUCUCUUCAUUUACAUCGAGAUUGCCUUGGGAACCCAUAAAUAAAGGUAAUAAUACAAACAACGCCUCUGUAUCAGUAGCUGGUUUGGUGCCAUCUAUACAAUCUUCACAAAAAUAUCUUCAUGAAAAUAUGUUAGAUUUGUCGUCAGGACUGGAUGAUACAGGACAAAUACAACCUUAUUUAGCAGGAUGUCUUCUGUUGUCAUGGAUACUAGUUGGUGUAGCUGUUUAUUGGGGACACAAUUCUUUGGGAAAGAUUGCCUUUGUUACAGGAACAUUACCUUAUGUAUUAUUAUUAGCCAUAUUUGUUGGAACUAUAACUUUACCAGGAGCUGUGAAUGGUAUCAAGAUGUUUUUGACCCCCAGAUGGCCUAUGUUAGGUAAACUUCAGGUAUGGUUAGAUGGUGCCAUGAUGGUAUUAUGUAGUAUGGGAUUAGGUACUGGUGGUAUUAUAAAUUUAUCUGGUUAUUGUCAUUUUCAUAGUGGUUGUUUCAGGAAUGCUAUGAUAACUGGUUUAUUUAGUGUAGCAGGCUGUACAUUAGCUGGUUGUUGUAUGUUUUCUAUAUUUGGAGUUUAUACAUAUACAACACAAAUACCACUACAUUCAUUGAACAUAUCAGAAACAGAGUUUGCUUUUCAAAUAUUUCCAGCAAUCAGCCAUUAUUUACAACACUCACCAGUGUGGUCGGCCAUGUUCUACCUCCUGUUAUAUAUAAGUUGUUUUGGUACCCAGAUAGUAUAUAUAAAUACAAUACAUACAGGCUUUCUAUAUAAACUUGGUGUACAUACAACUGUAUGGAAAUUAUCCAGUCUUAUCUUCUUUAUUUCAUUAUUUUAUAUAUGCGGUUUAACCACAAUUACACAGGCAGGAAUGUAUGUUAUGACAUAUCUAAAUGAGUUUGUACAUAAAUUAGCUAUACCUAUAUUUUGUUUAAUGGAAUGUGUAUUUACUACCUGGUUAUAUGGUGCUCAGAGAUUCUAUAAUAAAGUAGCAGAUAUGACUGGAUCAUCUGAUAGCCCUUUUAUAAAAUGGAUAUGGAAAGCUGUGUGUCCUCUUUCUUUAGUUGCAAUAUUAGCAUUAACAAUAGUCUGUGAUAAUUGUAUAUUGUGUAAAGCAGAAGUUGGUGGUAAAGCCUGGAUGGAACCAGUUGGUUGGUUUAUUUCUGCUCUACCAGUAUUUGUCUGUUUUAUUCCUAGUUCUGUCAAUCUCAUUACAUUCCAUGGAUCAUCAAAACAAAGGUUGCAGAAAUUAUUACAGACACCACCUGACUGGGGACCAAGACGACACUGGGACGAGGAUGAGCAGGGCACAGAGUUACCGGAAUAUGUAAUUUGUAGUCCCGAUGUAUAUCAUCCAGCCAAUGCUUUAGCUUUAUUAACAGCCAAUCUUUAUCUGCCAAAUAUAUCAGACAUUAUUACUAUAGAUCAACAGCGCAGGGAUUCGGAUACUAUGGUUGGAUAUCUGUCAGAUUUGACCCUGUCGAGUUCUGAUGAUGAUUCCAGUGAUGAAGAAAACAAACUCCGUGGAAAUUGGAGUAACCGUUUGGAUUUUGUUCUAUCGUGUUUAGGAUAUAUUGUUGGAUUAGGAAAUGUAUGGAGAUUUCCAUAUUUGGUUUACAGAAAUGGUGGAGGAGCAUUUUUCAUCCCGUAUCUAAUAAUGUUAUUAUUUUGUGGUAUACCUCUGGUCUAUAUGGAACUAGCCUUUGGUCAAUAUGCAAGUUUAGGACCAAUAACAAUAUGGAAAGCUGUUCCAUUAUUUAAAGGUAUUGGAUAUGCUAUGGUAGUGGUGUCUAUGUUUGUAGCUGUAUAUUAUAAUAUGGUGAAUGCUUGGGCAGCGUAUUAUUUAUUUACGUCUAUGACAUCUGUUCUACCCUGGCAGUCUUGUAACAAUACUUGGAAUACUGACAAAUGUCAUAUAAAUAAAUAUGAGGUAUCUAACUGUUCAGGUGUAAAUCUAACAUAUGCAGAAUCACCUGAAUUUGACAGUAAUUGUAGUAGUGUAUUAACUAACUGUACUCUGUAUAAUACUACCCAAAUAGUACAGUGUAUUAAAGAAUUACAAGAUGCUUUUGGUAAUGAAGUUUUAGAUCCUAAAUUUCUACACCACCAUAGAACCAGCCCUAGUGAGGAGUAUUUCUAUUUAUCAGUUUUAGAUGUGUCACCAGGUAUACAUGAAUUAGGAUCAAUAAGAUGGCAGCUAGCUCUAUGUCUAUUGAUGUGUUGGACUAUUAUCUUUAUAUGUUUAGUAAAAGGUAUACAGCUGUCUGGAAAGAUUUCUUAUUUUAUGGUUACAUUUCCCUACAUAAUUAUUUUAAUAUUACUGAUACGUGGUAUGACUAUGGAUGGUUGUUUAGAAGGUAUCAAAUACUAUGUAACACCAAAAUGGGAGUUAUUAAGACAUCCUCGAGUGUGGGGAGAUGCAGCAACACAAGUUUUUUUCUCAUUGUCUCUAUGUCUCGGUGGUCUCACAACAUUAGCCAGUUAUAAUAAAUUUCAUAAUAAUAUAUACAGAGAUGCCAUAUUGGUAUGUUUAGGUGAUACAUUAAUGAGUGUUAUGGCAGGUUUUGCUGUGUUUGCUGUUAUUGGUGUUUUAGGGAAAAAGUUGGGUACAUCUGUAGAAAAUGUCAUAAAAUCAGAUGUGGGUUUAACCUUUAUUGUGUAUCCAGAAGCCAUUCUAUCAUUUCCAAUAUCUCCACUGUGGUCCAUAUUAUUUUUUCUAAUGAUGUUUAUGAUGGGAUUAAGUACAUUGUUUACAUCAGUAGAGACAAUAGUUACAGCUAUUAUUGAUGAGAAUAUAACUAAAUUCCGUAAGAAAAGAGUGCUAGUUUUAUUUGUACUCUGUUUGUCUGCCUUUUUACUUGGUCUUCCAUUAACAACACAGGGUGGUAUUUAUAUAUUACAAUUAAUGGAUGAGUUUGUAGCAGGGUUUCCACCUAUGAUAAAUGCUGUAUUUAUGUGUAUAGCUAUAGGAUGGACGUAUGGUGUUAAACAGUUUUGUCAGGAUAUAAUGCAUAUGAUAGGAACACCAGUUAGUUGGUGGUGGAGAAUCAUGUGGUAUGGUGUUAGUCCUAGUAUUAUUACAUUUAUAUUAAUAUUCUCUGCCGUUGGUUAUAUUCCACUAAGACGUCAGUUUGAUGAGACUAAAUACCCUGAAUGGGCAGAAGUUGUAGGAUUUAUUCUAGUUACUAUAUGUAUUAUACCAGUAUUUGCCUGGAUUGUCUAUAGAUUAGUAUCUAUAAAAGGUUCUAUAAUACAGAGAUUAAAGAAAUUGUGUCAACCAGAGACUGAUUGGGGACCUGCGUUAGAAAAACAUUGGAAGUAUGUAGAAUAUUAUCCUGCUGUUCAUACCCAGAUGUUUCCAUCAGAAAUGGAUAAUUCAGCUCUCAAUACAAUAACAGAUCAUGUUGAGUUUACUACUGUUGGUGUAAGAGUUCCUAGUCUAUCACAAGCUAGUUUAAUACCUGUAUCUCCCAGUCUUCCUAGAACUAAAAAACCAUUAGAUAUGAGACAACAAGCUAUAUUAAAUCAUGCCUAUAGUAAUCCACAGUGUAAUCUAUCUACCAGUUCUAUAGAAAAGCUAGGUAUGAAGAGAAUAUGUUCUGCUAGUGAAAGUGCUUUAGAUGAUAUUAUUAUAAUGCCUAGAAUACGACCUAAAGUAGAGAUGAAAGAUGCUGCAACACAAACACAAACAAGUACAUUAUGUAAAGAUUUAUCUUCAUCAUUAAGUGCUAGUACUAGUAGUCAAAUAGAGGAUGAAGUAUUUGAAGUAAACUCACCAACAAAAGAAAAAGAUACAGAACUGGUACAAGUAAUACCAAAAGAAUCUUCACCCACAAGAAAAGUUUCUUGGAAUGCAGACAUUCAAUUACAUCAUGAAAAUCGUCCAACUUUAAUCCGACGUUUAUCAUGGACGCAGAAACAAAAUAAUACACACUCUCCCACCGUUCAGACCCGAAGAUAUUCAUUAGGUUUAAAUCAUUCAAUAAUAUAUCGGGAUCCUUUACUACCUCCAAAACGCAAUUUAUUAAUCAAACAAGACAGCUUAACGCAAACCACAUCUUUAGCGGUUCCUACUCGUAAAGUAUCCUGGAACAAAGACACUGAGCGUUCACCAGUGAGUCCAAGUCGUAAAGUGUCAUGGAGUCCAGAAAUUGAGUAUUAUAAUCGCAUUUUAUCACGACCAGACAUACAUAACGUGUCACCAUUACAGAAAUUAUCAGUUAGCGAAGACAUCGAAUUACAAACCUCUCCCUCCCAUGAUAGUUAUAAUAGUUAUGAUGAUGGUAAUCACGAACUCUUGAAUACAGAGAAAUGUGUAGAACAGGAAGUAGAGUUACAAAGUGUAGACAUAUACAACGAAUCAACUGAAACAACAAAUGUUGCUUAUGCGUCUGAUUCUGAAGAAAGUUUAUUUGCAGACAACCAACCUGCCGUUAUAGAUGUGGAAGUUACCCAUUUCUAAAACAUAUUUGACAAUUUAUGCAUUGUGAUAAAUCAGUUUGAUGUUCUUUCAUGUUUUUUUAGUUUUAAAAACCAGUGCUAGAUAUACACAAUAAUGUAUGGUUGAAAUGAGUGUAACUAUAUUCUUCUUGUUGAGCUCCAUGAAGUGUUACGUGUGAUGUUUAAUUUGUGAUUGACUAUUUGUAUUACUUACAAUAUACAUAAUUUUGAAUAUAUAUGAAACUAAUUUAAUAUCAUUUUAUCCACUAGUGUUGUUAAUUUACCAUUUUGGUUAAGUUUGAUGUGAAUAUUAUGGUUGUAAAAUUAAUACAUAUUUAUAAUAUAUAUAUAAUCGAUUUUAUUAUGGUGGUAUGAUUGAUAUAAACUAGAACCUCACUAUAAUUUGGUUUUUCUGUAAAACGGAUUUGAGUAUAAGCAUGGGGACACUUGCAAAAAAAAUAAAUUACCCGAGUGUGUGCUCUCUAUAAUGACUGUCAAGUAUGAUUCUUAAGUGAAAAAGUUGUAUUUGAAAUACAAAGAUCGGUGUGUUUGGUGUGUGCUUAAAUGAUGUAUCUUGUUUUGUUAUUAAGUUUUUGAUAUCUAGUUUGUUUUGGUACAGAUUUUACUUAUUUCGAGCAAUAACUUUAGUUAUAUUUAAUGUUCAAAUAUUUAAUGUUUAACUUUUAAAAAAUAUAUAAUUUUUAUAGAAUAUAUUUUGUUAUUUAAUAUUGCUUGUGUUUGUUUU